AAUAUUCAAAUGCUCUGAUACAUUCACAAUGAUGGUACCAAUAAGUUGUCGUUAUGGGUGCAUUUGACCCCUUUUUCCUUAUGAAACUUUCCUAGGUUUUGUUGUCAAUAUUAUUUUUUGGGGUUCAACUAUUGUCAGAAAUGGGCCAUUAACAAGAAACUAUCUAGCUCUCAGGUAGAUGAUUUGAACUUAAUGAAGCAAACAGGGAUUAGUCCAUCAAAGGUUUCGAAAGCCUUAGCAGAUGCUGUUUCAGAAAUGAUAUUUGUCCAUGGUUUUCUACAUGGUGAUCUACAUCCUGGAAAUGUACUAGUUUGUCCAGAUGGAUGGAAUGGUUUCUCUUUAGUUCUUUUGGAUUUUGGAAUUUGCAAGAAAUUGGAUGAAGCUUUUAGGCUGAACUUCUGCCAACUAUGGGAGGCUUUAAUACUUAAUGAUUCUAACAAAAUCCAACAGCUGGGUGAUUAUUUUGGUAUUGGGAAAUAUUCGAGAUACUUACCUGUAAUAUUUACAGGGAGAACAAUUGAGAGUAAAUCAGCACUCUCAAGGGGAAUGUCAGUUGAAGAAAAGCAGAAUCUAAACAAGGAAUUGAAGUCUCUCAGAAUGGAAGACAUAUCUUCCUUCUUCGAGUCACUACCUAAUGAAUUUGUUACAGUAUUACGAGCCGAUGGGCUCUUAAGAUCUUUGAUAAUUAAGCUAGGGGCAUCCCAGCGACAACAACUACUGUCAUAUGCUAAAUAUGCACUGCAUGGUCUCUCUUUGAAGCCUAAUUCCGGAUCUGAAUCUGCAAUUGGAGCGGUCUACUUUAGGUUCCAGAUCAAGAUUCGAUACUUUCACCUGAGAUUACUUUUUGCAAUGUUGGAUCUCAUGUCUUGGAUGGGCAACAUCCAACAGGCUUCAGCAGAAAGGUUCAACCAUUUUCUUUCCUUGGCAAGAUAUGCAUGGACUUCGACACGACGAGGCCUCCACAUGUGUUGAUUUCAUAUAGCUUACCAUGGCAGCAGAUGCACACCUUACACUCGCAUGAAGGGCAUGCACUGGUCCUCAUUAACUCUGUGACGUGCGCCCAUGAUCCUCUACCCACCUAGCUCAAGUUCAUGCACAGAGCAUAACCCAUGUUCAUGCACACAAUUGAAGAGACACACGCUAAUACGAGUGCACAAAAGAGAUGCUUUAGGUGCUCACCGCAGAUGCUUGGACACACAGUAUGUGCUAAUGAAAUGAGAAGAUGCUCAGGGCAUGUCAGAACAAGGACACUUGCCUUAUGCUUCAUGACAAACGUUCCAAUGGAGAGACUAUGUUUAAUGUACGUUGUUUGAAUGUGAAAUUCCAUCUUUACUUUAAACACCCCCUCAUUCUAACAGAUCCUGAAAUCAAACUCUUGCAAAAAAAAAGUGUGUUGUCCUUGUGUACUUGUUCUAUCACUCUCAAUUAUAUCACUUUGAGUCAUUUCCCUUCUAUUCACCUCCUUCCAUUCCAUCGUCACUCCCCACCCCUCCCUACAAAAUCUCAUUGUCGUCGCCACCCAAUAACUACACGCAUCUCGCACCACCCACGCCGUCUCUGUCAGAAGGCCGUGGUGUCAUCCCUCCUCUCAAGAAGAAAGUGCUCAGGGUGGCAUCCCUCCUUCAAAGCAUAAUUCCUUGAUUCCAGUAAUUGGCGAUCUUUUGUAGCCCGAGAAAUGAAGAAUCAAGUGUUUUCUGAUUGCUGCUAGUCACAAGUCGCGUAGCAUAUAUGAAACUUGUGCUGGUCCACAUCUCUGAAGGUAUUCCAAUAGCCGGCCAACAAGCCAGGUCCUUGGUGAAAUCAUCCAUGGUCACUGCAUCCUUGUGUUUGAGCUCGAAUGUAAAACAAUAUACUUGUGUUUUCGAGUCUAACUUUGUUGCUCACCUGUUUGUAUACAAUAUUUGCAUUGG